AUGGAACCGCUGACUUGGGGCACACCGUACGCGUCUGAUACUCAGAUGAACGGCCAGUACCCUGGAAAUACGCCUGGAAAAUCACCAUACUUUGUUGAGUUGGACCAGACAACAACAACAUCAACCCAGUCACAUCACACGACUCCACAUCAACAUGAUAACUCCAAUUACUCCACACCAGGUGAUACAACAAGCUUGAAGAGACACAUAUCAGGACGCAACCAGAUGGGUAGUACCCCUCUCAACUUGAAUCCUACAACGCCAUCAAAUUUCACUGAAUCUGAACAAAUGUUUUUGCAAGAGCUCGAGCAAAAUAUGUAUGAACAGCAACAGCAACAGCAUCAGCAACAGCAACAGCAACAACAGCAACAACUUCAACAUCGACACCCUCAGCAGUCCCAGCAACAGUCAAAACAACAACAGCAGCUGCAUCAACAUCAUCAUAGCUUUGGUGGACAUGAUCAGAUGCAUAGCCCACACCACAACUUUCGUUUAGAUGCUACUAUACCUUCACUGCAACCUUUGCAUCACCACAUGAAUCUAGAUCACGUGAACCAGGAGGCUCAGGAAGUUUCAUUUCACCAUCAUGAUGUCAAUACCUCAGGACAUCCAAAUAGUGGAUCCAGUGUUUCUACUCCAAGUGGUGGAGUACCAAUCUUGCACUCGAGCCGCCAUUCUCAGUCACACACACUUCCACACGCACACGCACACGCACAAGCACAAGCACAAGCACCACCGCAACAGAACUUGCAACUGCAGCAACCUCAAUUUGAAUUUGGACUUGAAAACUUAAACUUUCUGAUUCCUGAGGAAUUGAAUUUCGAUACCGAGCCUGGCCACGUGUCGUCGGCAUUUCCACCCGAUGUCCCCACCGAACAAACACCUAGCUUGUUAGCCAUAAAUGCAAUGAAGAAAGAAGAAGAGCGCAAAAGGGACGAGUUUUCUUCACCAAUACUACCCGGCCAAAAUGAGAAACUGUACAAUAAACAACACCUUUACCACAGGCAAAAUUCACAGGGAAAAAUUUACACUGUAAAUCUUUUGGAGAAUGAUCCCCUGUCUCACCCGCAGCAUGUUCGACCAGACGCAAUCUUUACCCCAUUAGUGAGUCCUGCAGUUACACCAUUGGAUAAAGGUGCCAAUGGGUCAUCAUUGAGCCUGAAGGCACAGUCGCAACAACAGCAACAACCACCAGCAAAUGUCAAUUUUGAGCCUUUGACAUCGCCAGCGUUGAAUGCGCAAACAUCUGACAAGAGAAGAACCUCUAGCUCAAUGUAUGGUCCAUCUACGUCAUCGGAGGAUCACAAACAGCAACACAAAAGAAGGACCCCUCAUGGAACCCCCAUUCUCCCUGCCAGUAACAAGAGUUAUAUUUCUCCAUCAGUCAAAGCCAAAUCUUCUACACCAACCAGCAAUACUGAUCAACUUGAGAAGCUACCUCAAUCGUCCUUACCAGAAGGUAAGACUGAAUCUAAUGACACAGAUAUGUUGCCACCAAAUGGCAAACUUAGAGAGAUAAAUGAGCCGCCAUUAAUGGGAUUUACCAUGGGUAGGUUAGCUGGAGAAGGGCAGUUAACAAAGACCAAAAAGCAACCUAGAAAGAAAAAGAAUGAGUCACGCAAGUCAUCAGUAUCGAAAUCGUCUUCAUCUGGAGAUAGUAGUAGUGCGUCUUCAUCACCAAAACUGAACAAGAAACCAGAGAAACUAGCAGUGAAGAAGGCAUCACAUAAGAUUGCUGAACAAGGCAGAAGAAACCGAAUGAACGUGGGUAUUGCCGAUUUAGCUUCUUUGAUUCCCCAACUGUAUCAUGAUGAAGUUAGUAUUCCCUCUAAGGCGACUACGGUUGAACUUGCUUCAAGAUACAUUAGAAAGCUUUUGGGAGAUAUAGAGGAUUUGAAGAAUGGUGAGAGUUUGGCUGGAAAUGAGGAGGAGACACUGGGAGAGCAAAGUAAUGUUACUGUUCAGCAGGAAAAAGUGGACGAUGGCAAUGUUUUGGUGCAGCCAGAGCAUCAAGAGAAGCAAGACGCAUGA